GACGACACAAAGCGGCACUGGAGGGCGACUUGGAGGCGGCCGCCGGUGAGGUAAGCACAGCUAUGGCUGAGUGGAACCAGGUGAAGCGCCCGCCGGGAGCGUUGUGCCCUGCCGACAAGAUGCCCGCGGAGAAGAUACGCGACAACAUACGGGCAGUAGCCAACUAUGAAUCCUUUAGAGAGCGCUGUGAGAAGUUCCGAGACUCGUGGCAGCAGGUGACAGAUCCCCAUGGACCCGUGGCCACGUGGAGACAGAACUACCAGGAAGGUCCUCAUUGUGAAAUAGAGUCACUCCCGAAUCGAGGAACCAUCUUCCUAGCGCAGUACACGAAGUUUCGACACGGUAUGCAACACUGCGUGUUGAAAGAGCGCGCGAAGGAAUUUCAGAGCGAGACUUUGCACAAGCCCUUCACGAUGGGUAGUAUUGUCACAGAAGCUGCGGGG